AUGGACCGCAUCAAAAUUACCUCUGAUGUUCCUGGUAAGAAGAUUUAUGCCUCUUGCAAUAAUACUAUUGGAACUUCCAUUGGCACUAUUGUGCCCAAAGUACCUUGCCUCAAGGCAAGGGUAGAACCAACUACUUAUUCUCCAGCUACGCCUCCACAAGCUCUGCCUUUGCCACCUACACCUCUGCCAUGUCCACCUUUGCCUGUUACACCUCCGCCAUCUCCCCCUAUGCCGUCUAUGCCUCCGCCAUCUCUGCCUAUGCCGGUUGCGCCUCCAUUAGCUCUGAUUUUGCCAGCUACACCUCUGCCAGCUCCGCACUUGCCAGAUACACCUCCGCCAUCUCCGCCUGUGCUGGCUAUGCCUCCGCUAGCUCUGAUUUUGCCACCUACACCUCCGCCAUUGACGGCUACGUCUUCGCCAUUUCUGCCCAUGCCAGCUACGCCUCUACCGAUUCUGCCUCUGCUAGCUCCACCUUUGCCAAAUAGGCCUCAACCAACUCUGCCUUUGCCAACUACGCCUCCGCUAGCUCCACCUUUGCCAAAUAGGCCUCAGCCAACUCUGCCUCUGCCAACUAUGCCUUCGCCAGCUCCACCUCUUCCAUUUACACUAGCUUCGCUAGUACCAACCCCACCUCCCCCAGCUCUGCCAGCAACACCACAAAUGUCCUUUAAAGGGAACAAGGAGUGCCAAAUAUGUACUUCACAUCUGGUGCAUCCGGAGCUACUAAACUACAUACGAAGCACUAUAUUUGAUGGCUCUGAAGGUGGCUUCGCCCUGCCUGAAGUGAUUGGCAAGCCACCCUCCUCGACGAUCACCAACCCCAGCUCCCAUUCUGUCAGAUUCAUCCUUGCAAGAUGCCAUCACCAUUUAGUUUGUACCAUCCUUCUGGAGAAGGAUACUGGGCCAAGAAAGGCAGGCACCGUGCACACCAGUGCAGAAACAGUUACUAAAGAGCAGUGA